UUCUCCCUCUCCCCACGGACCGACCCAUGCUGCCUCCCAUGCGUUCUUCUCUUCUUCGUCUGCAGUUCCCGAAGCGCGUUUGCCGUUGCAUCACCCUCUUGGGCCUCUUUCUCUAGUUUUUCGUUAACUUUCUCUACAAAUUCAAAAUGUUCGUCGGACGCUUGGUUCGCCGCAAUUUCACCAAUGUCACUUCAGACGUUUCCGGACAGAGGCAUUUCAGCGUUUUAUUGAAAAAGCAAACGCCUGUUAUUGCCCAAAAUGGAGUCCAGCAAAGAAACAAGUCUGAGGGUGUUAAGGGGGCUGUCAUCGGUAUUGACCUUGGCACAACAAAUUCUUGUGUUGCUGUCAUGGAAGGCAAGCAGGCCAAGGUUAUUGAAAACGCAGAGGGAGCCAGGACCACUCCAUCCGUAGUGGCAUUUACCAAAGAUGGAGAGCGUCUUGUAGGUAUGCCAGCUAAACGUCAGGCUGUCACCAAUUCAGCAAAUACUUUCUACGCCACAAAACGUCUAAUUGGAAGAAGAUUCGAUGAUGCUGAAGUUAAAAAAGACAUGAAAACUGUCUCAUACAAGAUUGUGAAAGCAUCAAAUGGUGAUGCUUGGGUGCAGGCAACUGACGGCAAGAUGUACUCACCUAGCCAGAUUGGAGCUUUUACAUUGGUGAAAAUGAAGGAGACUGCAGAGAGCUAUCUGAACACAACCGUCAAAAAUGCAGUUGUUACUGUUCCAGCUUACUUUAAUGACUCCCAGAGACAGGCUACCAAAGACGCUGGCCAGAUUUCAGGACUUAACGUUUUGCGUGUUAUCAACGAACCCACAGCUGCUGCAUUGGCUUAUGGCAUGGACAAGACUGAAGACAAAGUGAUUGCUGUUUAUGACCUUGGUGGAGGUACCUUUGAUAUAUCCAUCUUGGAAAUUCAAAAGGGAGUGUUUGAAGUGAAAUCUACCAAUGGUGACACCUUCCUGGGUGGAGAGGACUUUGACAAUACUCUUGUGAACUUCCUUGUUUCUGAAUUCAAGAAGGAGCAAGGAAUUGACAUCACAAAAGAUCCAAUGGCUAUGCAACGGCUUAAGGAGGCAGCUGAGAAAGCCAAGUGCGAACUUUCAUCAUCACUUCAGACAGAUAUUAACCUGCCAUACCUGACCAUGGAUGCAUCUGGACCGAAACACAUGAAUCUGAAGUUGAGCCGUUCUAAGUUUGAAACCCUGGUUGACGGACUCAUCAAGAAGACAGUUGAACCCUGCAAGAAAGCUCUUCAAGAUGGUGAAGUGACCAAGUCUGACAUUGGUGAGGUGCUUUUAGUUGGAGGCAUGAGCCGAAUGCCAAAGGUUCAACAGACUGUCCAGGAAAUCUUUGGCCGACAGCCCAGCAGAUCUGUGAACCCUGAUGAAGCCGUUGCUGUGGGAGCAGCUGUACAGGGUGGUGUUCUGGCAGGAGAUGUUACUGAUGUUCUUCUGCUGGAUGUUACACCCUUGUCUCUUGGAAUUGAAACUCUUGGUGGUGUAUUCACCCGUCUCAUUUCCAGGAAUACCACUAUUCCUACCAAGAAGAGCCAGGUCUUCUCCACUGCUGCUGAUGGACAGACUCAGGUGGAAAUUAAAGUCCACCAGGGUGAGCGAGAAAUGGCUUCAGAUAACAAGUUGCUUGGCCAGUUCACCCUUGUGGGAAUCCCCCCUGCUCCACGUGGUGUUCCUCAAAUUGAAGUAACUUUUGACAUAGAUGCCAACGGCAUUGUCCAUGUCUCAGCUCGUGACAAGGGCACUGGCAAGGAGCAGCAAAUUGUGAUUCAGUCAUCUGGCGGUCUGAGCAAGGAUGAGAUCGAAAACAUGGUUCGCAAUGCUGAGCAGUACGCUGCUCAAGACAAGGUCAAGAAGGAUCGUGUUGAAGCUGUCAAUCAAGCAGAGGGUAUUAUUCAUGACACUGAAUCCAAGAUGGAUGAGUUCAAAGACCAACUGCCUGGUGAAGAGUGUGAUAAACUUAGGGAACAAAUGGCAAGUGUACGCGAGCUCCUGGCCAAGAAGGAUGAUUCUGACCCUGAAGAAAUCCGCAAAGCCACUGGAAACCUGCAACAGUCAUCCCUUAAGCUCUUCGAAAUGGCUUACAAGAAGAUGGCUGCUGAGAGAGAAGGUGGUGCUAAGAGUGAGAGCUCAGACAGCUCUUCUUCAGACAGCACAGAAAAUAAGGAAGACAAGGAGAAGAAGGAAAACAAGAACUAAGGACUUACAGUGAAAUUAGGAUCAUUUUAUCAAAUGUCUUUUGUGUCAAAGUCAAAAGUAGAACUGAAUCAAUUCUUUCGACCUGCACAUGUGACAUUUAUAGUGAUAUUGCCUGUACGUGAAUGUAUUCAGCUCAAGCUGUUGGAGUGUUUCCAUCAGAAUGAGAUCAGAAGCAGCUGUGUAAUGUAGAGUGGGUUAAUUGUACUCGAGUAUGUGCUAAGCACCUAUGCUUGAUAACAAAUCUCUGCAUGCCCAUGUUUUAAAGGCAUAAAUUAUUCUUUUUGGCGAACUUCUCUAAAUUCCCCCAUGCAAUGUUGAUUAGGCCACUCUUGUCGUCAGAGUAUGUAAUUAGUUUACUGUCCUGCUGUGUGCCUAGUUCCAUUAGUUUAUGCAUUUUUCUGUAAGAAUCUGUGAGUGAGUGUGUGUGAGCAUGGAGGUUGAAGUGAGUAAUUUCAAAUUUUAUGUUGCACAGUGGGUGAUAAUGCCAGCAGUUUGUAGGGCAGUGAUCUCGUACUCAGUAAUUAACCAACUGCUUUGUGCACAACUACUGCUUCUCAUAAUUUUUUGUGUAUGAGAAGUUCAAGUAAGCAAAUCAUUAAAUGCUCAUUUUUAUUGUACAUACUAAACAGUCUAUUUUUCAAAAGUUACAUGUUAAAAAAUUGUUUAUCUUGUGCUGUCUUAUUUGCUUACUCGUCGUGUUAGAGCAGUCCAAUUUUGUUGUACAAAGCUGUCCUUGAACUGUUCAUUAGUCAUUAACUGAACUUUAUUAGUAUGUUACCGUAGAGUAUAGUGUCAUGUAUUUUGUUUCCUGAGGAGUCUGCAGUCACCUUCGUUUCCUAUUUUGUUACAGUUAUUGUUAUGAUUGAAAAAUGUAUGUCAUCACUUAACCAUCAAUAAAUUUAAAUCUCAUU